AUGCAGAACGCACCCCAGCGCUUCAUGAUCACGGUCGAGCUGAGGGACGCCGAAUCGGACCAGCUGAUCAAGCGCUUCUCGGGCGUGCGGGGCUGGCGCGACCUCGGUCGAGGAGGUCAUCGCGCCGACGCCAGCGAGCUCGGCCUCUCCACGGGCUUGUUCCGCCGCGAAGGCACGCAGGUCAUGAGUGCGAAACAUGCCAGGAUCAAAUGGGAUACGGUGCGAAGGGUCAGAGAUGGGAAUCCUGGAGAUGAGCUCUACAGUCCUGUGGUCGAGAUCAUGGACCUCGGAUCUACGAAUGGCACGGAUCUUCGAAGACGCGGACAGUCGGCGAUCACCAAGCUCCUGCCUCAGAGUCUCUACAGAGUGAGCAGCAGCCGAUCCUGAGGGAUCUUGGGGGCGAUGAUUACUCAUAUCAAUUCCGCAUGAUCUACAACGCCAGAUCCAAGAUGGUGACAUGUUGACGUUUGGCAAGCACCUCGUCGGCGAUCGUGACAAGAGUGAGCUCUGACCGCUGUCUUUCCAAGUACCCAUCCCUUGUUAGCCUAAAGCUACGAACCUGACUCUGAUAUUCUUCUCAACUCAAACCCUCGUCUUUGUGUAGAGGCUCACCGUCCCCUCACCCUCAGAGUCAAGAUCACCGAGUCGGAGAUCGGUGCAGACGACUGUGCAGCAGCCUCGGUUCCCGAUGGACGCAGCACCACCGCUCACUCCCCGUCACCCACUCAAGCCAAACUCGACCCUAGUCAGAAGCAGUGCUCUGUUCAGGAAGACAGCGACACUGAGUCCGAUCGACAUGGCUCCGAGGUCGGAGAAGAUGUUAACACCAUGAUGAUUCCCCCGAAGACCCCGAACGAGCCGAGUCGACAGCCGCCCAGUAAGGGCUAUGGCCUCACGGAGGAACAACUCGUUUUGCACGAUGAGGAGAACGCCACUGUAGACGACAAGGCAUCUUUUUCCGACCCUGCGGCCGACUCCAAGCUCGGAGUGUCCUCCGACGCGAUCGACCUUACCGAGGAAAAAAGUGUAUCCGAUCGAGAGUCUGCGACGUCGGAUGUUCCGCGAUCGGACAUCGCCGACAGGGGCUCUCAGACGUCUGGCCUGCAGCAAAGCAAUGAAUCUGAUCGCGCCGAGGCGGCCAAGCAAGAGCUUGACAUAGUCAUGUCCUCCGAUCAAGCCACGAACGAGCGAGUGGACGAUCGCCCCAAGCACAGUCUUGUCUACGUCAUCGAGCAAUGUGAUUCGUUCAACGAGGAGAGCGAUGAUAACAAUCUCUCGCACCUUUAUGACUCCAAUGAGCACGCCAGUAUGUGUGAGAGCCAUAGCGACGAAGAAGAAUCGGAUGAGGAUGCUUCGAACUCGGGAUCCGAUGGGUACUCUUCAAACGACGAUUCACACGUUCCAUGGGCGUCCGAUCACUCGAGCGUGUACGACUCGGAUUGCGAAGAGAUUACGAGUCAUCAGGUUCCCAGGCCCAUUCAGAGGAGCAAGUCUGCCUCAGACCGUACCCAUGAACGCCGACGUGUUAUUUUCAGUAGCGACGAAGAAGGGGACGAAGAAGGCAGAGACGGAGACGAAGAGGUCAAAGGUCCCCCGUUCUCAUACUCAAGUCGCGGCGCUACUACGCCACCGUCCUCGUCGGUACGCAAGCCCUCGAGCCUGCCCAAGAUCCACACCCAGCUCGGCUCAAGUGCUGCGGACGACGCUAAGAAGGAAGAAUCGGUUGAUCAAGCAGACCGACAAUCUUCCAUCUCAUCAUUCGCUUCUCUCUCCUCUUCCGAUCACGAGAGUGAUCUCGCAAGCCAACAUGAAGAGGAGGACGAAGACGGCUACGCGCUGUCCUCCGGCAUUCCCCACACCAAGGCUCUCAGGGCCUCUCUGAGAGCCCUUGACUGUCUUUUGGAGGCCAGGACGCAGGUAAAGUUCACUCAAUCCAGGAUCAAAGAGCUCUUUGACCCGAGCACGAGUAGCGCCAGCAUCGGCGGUUUAGAGCACGUCACCCCCUCCCUCGAGCCCACGACUGCGGAGGGCAACACCAAGUUUGCGAUGGAUGAGUCCGCGGAAUUGAGUCCGAUGCGCACGCACACGGCGACCGUCAUCGCUCCUUCCGCUCAGGUCGUUGCACCCUACAAGGCACCUCGUAUUGUGCGUGUUGCGUCGACGGAUGUGCAAGGAACGGAGCGUGCGAGAAGCGAGAGUCUGGGUCUCCCUGCCCCGCUGCCAGCCCUCUCUCCCAAAUCCAAGUCCCACGUUGAUUUCGACCCGGAUUUGGACGAGAUCGACCUUUUUGUUGAGGGUGAGAACGAGUCAGACUUGGAUUCAGACCCGGUCGAAGAGGACACGGACCCGUCUUCCGACGUUGAUGGGCAAUACUGCGGCAUGGGAAGACAGAAGUCGUCCGAGACUCCUGCAAGGCCCAUCAAAGGCAUCGUAACGAUCGAAAGGGCCGCUGCUCCCGAGCCUUUCAAAGUCCACGAACAUGAGGCUCAGGAGCUUGAAGGCGAGUUCUUUGCCGUUCGUCUUUUUGCAGACCUAUGACUCCAAUCGCUGACGUGUAUUACUCUCAGGGACCUCAGGAUUCUCGGCAGGUCUCAAGCCCACGCAGAAGUGCAGUGCGGACAUAGAAGCCAUUCAGCAAACUCCGAGCAAGAAACGAAUCUUCUCUGACAUGGAGGCUUCCGACGAGGUGGCCCUACGCGAUGAAGAAGGACAAGACCUUCCACCUUCGACCUUGUCCGACGACAACAAAUCCGACACCAUCAUCGAUGUGCAGCAAACUCCUCCACAGCCUUCCGAGGGCACCUCAAACGAUUCCACACCGCCCUCGAAACGACGUCGUGUCAGCUUUCGCGAUGUCUCCUUGGGCUUUGGCGUUGGCGUCGUCGCCACACUUUGGGGUCUCACCACCAUGAGCGAAAGCUUUAUGCAGUCAAUUAUCGAGUGA